UUCCACCGCAGUCGGCUCUCCCGGGUUGGGGCCGCGUCCAUUCAUUCCGCGGGAGCCAUGCUGUGGGUGCUGCUGCUGCUGCUCCCGGCCCAGGUUGUGACAACCCCGGUGACCAAGUGUGAUGGAAAUAAGUACGCGUUGGGGCGUCUCUGCUGUGACCUCUGCCCACCUGGUGAGUGUCAGGACAUGUUCCUGAGCCUUCAUUACCUCGGCCCACUGCCCACCCCUCCUGUCCUCUGCACCGCCCUGGGGCUCUGUGAACAAGGGGUUUGUGUCCUUACUCAGCAGGGCUUGGUGGGUGGAAGUGGGCCUGGCAUCAGUCCAGAACGUUCCCAGGAGGCAGGGGUUGGUACUGCGCAUGGGACUGGCCACCAGGUGUUGGGGGACCUCCUCCCGCAGAGGCCUCAGGGACCAGGGCGAGUCUGUGCCCUGGGCCCCUCCUCCCCUCUGUCCCAUCCUCCCACAGGCCACCAUGUCAGUGCCGACUGUACCGAGAGCCAGGCCACACGGUGCAGUCCGUGCCCGCCCGGCACCUUCAUGGCUCAUGACAACCGCAAGACCCAGUGCCAGACCUGUGCCAAAUGCAGGGACGAUCAGGAGGUGGUGAAGAACUGCACCCCGACAAGUGACCAGCAAUGCCAAUGCAAGACCGGACAGUGCUACUGUGACAGUGAGAACUGCCCGGAGAUGUGCUAUCCCUGUACCAGGUGUCCCGGCGCCACCCGCCACCCAUGCACUGCCACACGGGACACUGUCUGUGCCACGGAACCCAGCCCAGCGCCAGGAAACCUGACCAGAAAUCCAGUCGCCACUGACAGUGGUCUGCUUGUGGGGUUCCCCUGGGGCACUGUCAUCAACUUCAUCGUCAUCGCCAUUGGCAUCGCCAUUGGCAUCGCCAUUGUCAUCGGCCUCAUCUGCUGCUACGGUGGAAAACAAGCCAGGUCGGGGGAGCCAAGCAGCCAUGUCCGUUCACGGGAGAGCGUCCAGCCCAACGAGGACCCUGAGAGCGGCCCACCAGCCCCCGGCGUGGAGACCACACCACUGAUGGAGGAGGGGGGCUCCGCCUUGGCUCCUGCGGCGCGGCCCUGCCCGGGGCCCUCUGACGACCCUGGGGAGGCAGUGGAGUUGAUGGUGAUGUCCAGAGGAAGCCCGACGACCCCAGAGCUGUCGCCGCGGGCUGUUCCCGAUGCCCACAGGUCCCUGAGCUGGGCCUCCCUUCGUCGCCUGGAGCAGUCACGGGAGAGCGUCCAGCCCAACGAGGACCCUGAGAGCGGCCCACCAGCCCCCGGCGUGGAGACCACACCACUGAUGGAGGAGGGGGGCUCCGCCUUGGCUCCUGGGGCGCGGCCCUGCCCGGGGCCCUCUGACGACCCUGGGGAGGCAGUGGAGUUGAUGGUGAUGUCCAGAGGAAGCAAGACGACCCCAGAGCUGUCGCCGCGGGCUGUUCCCGAUGCCCACAGGUCCCUGAGCUGGGCCUCCCUUCGUCGCCUGGAGCAGGAAUAUAAACAAAAGUAUAUUUUGAAGGACGAGUCCUAUGAUGCCAUCAAUACGCUUUAUCAUGAAUUCAGACAGAAGCUUCCAGAACACGAUUGGAAGAUAUUCAUGAACUUUGUCGGCACUGAGGAAAACGGCGCUGAGGUCUGUGAUCAUGACAACCCGGGGACUCUGAUGGAACCGCAUCAUCAGAUAACUGUCUGCUUGAAGGAGGAUACGGGAAGGGUCGUGUUCCGACUCAUGGCCGUCUUACACCAAAGGGGUUUACAUGAGCCUUUGCAAAAUAUUAUAAACAUGUUGAUUGCGGAAAAUAUCAUAGGUAGUCACGCAGAGACCCCGAACUAGAAUAAAGGUUUUCAUCAUC